CAAUCUUUUUGCUGAGACUUGCUCUGUAGUUGUCUUUACUGACUUCGUUCAUGAUGCAGCCCAAAAUUGCUCUCGUAAGCUUGGCCCUGAUUGGUUUUUCUGCUGGUGGUCCCUGCAAGCCUAGUAGCCGAGCCACUGUGAGCAGCCAUUCUGCCACGUCUCUCACCAUCACAUCAUCUGCCGAGACCACUGAAGUUCCUAGCUUAACUCUCCCCCAGUCAUCAACAACGACGGAAGAGGAAGCCAUCAUCAUCACCAACGCUAUUUUAGGAGGUUCCUUCGCCAGUCGUGACCCAAACAGCCCAAGUGGCCUCACAAACUUCGCCGCCUCUGGAAAUGCUGAGUUCCAUCAAGGGGGAUGUUAUCGUGCUGACGGUAGUAUCGACGAUGGCUGCGCUGCUUUGAGUGCCAGUGGAAACGGCAACACCAAGCGAAGCUUCCUUGGCUCUUUUGCUAGUAUCUUCCAGACUGUGCGAUCGAUCCCACGAAAGAAGUACACUAUCCAAUUCUUUUAUCUUAUCAAUUCAGCUGGGAGCCAAGGCUGUGUUGCGAGUGCGAAAUUUGGUAAUGCAGAGUUCUAUUCUCAGCCUGCUUCUAACCCAGGAGCCUCGUGGGCCAGGGUGCUUGGGCAGGUUGAGGCUGUCUCUGAUUUACCAAUGUUUGCUAUCUCACUGACAUGCUCUGGUGCUGGUACUUCUUCCAUUCUGGUUGACUCAAUCUUUAUCUCCGACCAAGUAACCCCAGAAACUAUCAAUGACUACAAGCUUGACCUGGGUGGAAGCCCUCCUAUUGAGACUACAACGGCGAUCAGGGCUGAAGAGUCCCCUUUUCUCACAACAGGGCCCAGCAGACCAACCCACACUGAUGGCUUAGAAAACACGAGCACUGUAAUGCCCAUCUCAACAGCCUCUCCAGAAGUCACUUCUUCGGCUGUCACUGACACCAAGUCCACCGAACCUUCUCAACCCACCGACACUGCCUGCAAGCCAACAUGUGAGACUAUGGAAGACUUUUACUUACAUCUCGAUGACUUCGGUUGCGAUCUCAACGGCGUUUUCGUGAAUAGUGAUGCCAUUUAUACCCUUCCUGGUGAAGAAGUUGAUACGACUCAAACCCACUGGUACAACAGCAACGAUGAGUGUGCUGAGAUCUGCAAAAAUCUACCUGAAUGCAUGUCAGCUGGGUUCCAGAGACUCUCGGGCAGGUGUUUCUUCUCCAACAUACUAGUUACUCCAGACGACAUACGCGAUGGAAGAGACAGUCAAAUGGUCCAUUGGUUCGGUAUGCAGUGCUUCACAUGCGGCUGCGGUUCUGGCGACACAUUGACAACUGCGAUUCCUACCACUACCCUGGCACGCGAACCAUCCAGUUCUAUCACAACCGCUAAAGCUACUCAGCCAACAGGUGUUUGCCAUAACAACCGCGGCCAGCAGUGUGAGAUCAAUCCAUCAAGUGUUGAGAACAACGAAUAUGUCUGCAUUGGUGGAGGCGUCUUCACCGGACAGUCCUGGACAGUGCCUCGUUCAAUGUAUCCCAUGCAGGAGAACGCAGAGCAGUGUGCGGCCAUCUGCGACACUCUGGAGAACUGUGAAUCCUCUGGCUUUUUUGGCAUGGAGAACCACUGUCUCUUUAUAACCACCAAGAUACAGACAUCCGACUUUGCGGAACCUGAUCCGAACUAUGACGAUCCCGGUCUGGACCCCAAAAACAGUGUUUGGAGCCAUAGAUCCUGCUGGACAUGCCCAGCCUGCGUCCUGAGCAACGCGCCUCUUCCCAAGAGUCCAACGUGCAACUACAAACCAGGCGACGCUUGCACACGUACAAGCGCGGAUGGCGUCAUGUGCAACUACUCGGGAAUGUUGCCCGGGACUUUUGGGAUUGAUGGUAGCAUUUAUCCUGACCAGAGUUCAUCUAGCAAAUGUGCUGCUAUUUGCAGGAAAAUGGCCUCGUGUUUGGGUUCUGGCUACAGGAACGGGCAAUGUAUGUUUUCAACCAUGACACUUACGCCAGGUGCGUUUCUAGAUAAGCACACAUAUGAUCUUAUCUGGGACGAUCCGUCUUGCUUUGAGUGUCCUGGUUGUUCUACUUAG